AUGAGCAGCGCCUCUCCACCGUCUCCGCCACCGGAAAACCUCGAGGACUAUUCCGCCGCCGCAACCGUCGUCCCCUUCCCUAGUCCGCUCCCCCUUCUACGCGGGCCCAUUAAAGCCGGCCCAUCCGACGACCUGUCCUCCGGCCCGUACCUCCUCGCGUUCAAAAGCCCACGCGCCUGGGCCGCCGCGUACAAAGCAUGCGAAGCCCAGAUCACCUCCCAAUGCGAAUCUGGGGCCCGAAUAGGUUGCUCCAUCUCCGCCUCCAGCAAAUGCAAACCCCCCUGGUGGAAAACCAUUUUGGGAAUUUCCUCCAAACAGGACCUUACUGAGAGAGAGAGAUGCGAGGAGAGAGAAAUGGAAGCUUGUUUUUCAGCCGCGAAAGAGAAAUGCGGCGGUUUUGCGAAACAGAAGUGUGGGCCCGCGUUUAGGGAUGGUAGGGUUGAGGUGGGCGGCUCGGAUUUGAAGGCGGCGGUGGACGACGAGGAUGUUUUCAGGUUGAUAUCGGGGGUGUGUUUUGCAAAUGAAAGAAGACGUGGGGUUGUUUUUUGGGGAGUGGAUAAAUCUUGGGACGAAUUUCGGAAAGUGUUCGAGGUUACUUGUGUUAGAGGGAGGGACUUGAUGAGUUCUGAUGAGAUGAGCAUUGAGGAUUAUUUGAGAAGGAGCAACUGCAGUUGA